AUGGCUAUCGAAAACGAUUUGAAGCAAGCAUACAAGACAUUAUAUGAUAAGAAGGAUCCACAAACGGCCUUAACUCUGUACGAUAAAGUUCUAUCGCAGUCAUCGCAAAAUAUCACGGCUCUCAUAUACAAGGCUGCAUCUUUAGAGAAGUUAUAUUUUGGUUUCGCUGAUUGGCAUAGCGAUGAAACGUUGCAUAAUGCGCUAGAUUUACUGAAUAAGGCGUUGAAUGUUGCACAAGAGAGAGGUGACCGAUCAAAGAUUGCAUUAGUCCAUUUCCGUAUAUUUAUUUAUUUCUUUAAUCUGAAAGAGUUCCAGAGAGCUAAGGAGAAUCUUCAACUUUGCAAGGAUUUGGGAUAUAAUGAUCCUACUUUGCCCAUGUGGGAGACAAAACUUGAAACAAAAUUGAAAAAAAUGGCUAAGAAGGGUACCACCACAACGACUUCGAACACAACUAAGAUAGAACCAACAAAAACAACAAACAUUCCUUCACCCAAACCUGCUGAUAUACCACAGCCAUUAGCAGCGGAAACAACACAACCUAAGUUUAGAAGUGAUUGGUAUCAAUCAUCAAACAAAGUGACAUUAUCUCUCUUUAUUGGUAACUUACCAACAACUAAAAGUGAUAUCAACGCUAAGAUUUCUGCUAUUGAUAAAAGAACACUUAACGUAUCGUACCAGAUUCCAAAUUCCCAUUCUGAAUUUCAAUAUGAAAUGAAAUUAUCACAUCAAGUGGACCCUGAAAAUGUAACUUUACAUGUUUUCUCCAAGAAACUAGAAUUGACAUUCACCAAACUGGAAAAUCUUCAAUGGAAGACGUUAGAAUACAAAUCAGAUCAGAUGGAAACAACUGCUAAGAGUUUCGUGAAAUCGACAAAUAAUGAAACUAGCACUGAUUCCACAUUAAAUUACCCGUCAUCAUCAAAAAAACAAAUUGACUGGUCAAAACUUGAUGUUGAUGAAGAAGAAGAAGAUGAUGAUCAGAAGGGUUCAGCGGACGAGUUCUUUCAAAAACUAUAUGCUGGUGCGGAUCCUGAUACAAGACGUGCAAUGAUGAAGUCAUUCAUUGAAAGUAAUGGAACUACAUUAAAUACUAAUUGGGAAGAUGUGUCAAAAGGUAAAGUGGAACCUGCUCCACCCGAAGGUUCUGAACUAAAGCAUUGGUAA